UUUUGAUAAUACUUACUGUAAUGAAGAAUUAAUUAUAUUCAAAAAUUGGCAUGAAUCCUUCCCUCUUUAAUUUCACAGAUACAGUAUUAUGUACUAUAAUAGGUAUAAAAUGUAGUUUCACUAAUUAUUAAUGGAUAAAUUGGCCCUAACUUAUAAAUUCAAUAAAAGACAAAUUAUUUUGAAACAAGCAUCAGUUUAAAUGUAAAUGUAUGUAUUUUAAACGUUUCGAUUUUAUAUUAUGUGGGUCAUAUUCAAUAAAACAAUAAAUUACAACUAUUAAUCUAAAGUAAUAAAAAGAUUUUUGGACUAAAUUAUGUUUUUUAUGAUGUUGUACAGAGAAUCUAGAUAUUACAGAGUUAAAAUGUUUAAAACACAUUUAUAUUUAACCAUCUGCUACAUAAUUUGUCAAAUCAAGGACCUAUAUGAAUUGAAUUGCACAUGUUUUUAUUACCUUGUAUUAUUGUGUAAUGUGCAAGCAUAAAUUUAUGUAUAUUUAAUUUGAUGUAUAAUAACAUCAAGUUAUGUAAUAUUAGUUGGACUAGAAAGUAACGUCGUUUUUAAAUACUUGUUUAUCACUCAACUCGUUGAUUUUUAUCGAUCUGGCAAUGAAAAUUUACACAAUAGAUGACAAAAGGCUGUUGAUAACGAUGGCGAUUGUAUAACUGAUUAAAAAUAAAAAUUUAUUAAAAAUCUAUUAGAAUUUAAUGUAAAAGAAACGACAUUACUUUCCAAUCUACCUAAUAUAACAAGUUUCAUCUUAUAAUAAAAAUGAUGUCAUUUUUAACUAUGUUUACAUUAAUGUACAAGUUGUGUAACAAAAUAUUUAGUCUGUAAUAUGUUAGAAAUAAUUCGUCAGAUUUUCAAAAUAUUUUUCACGAUCCAACACGAUAUAAUAAUUGUGUCGCUACAUAAAUAUACAAUAUUUAAUAUAUAUGUCGAACAUAUUCUGAGUAGUAUUAAUUAAUUAUGUAUACAAAAAACUGUUACACUAUAAAUCACAUAACAUACUAUUUAUUUAUCGAUAACCAUUUUAUAAUGACAGCAUAAGGUUAGAAUGUCGCAAUGUGUUUUAAUUAAUAUCGGAGAUAUCGUUAUAAAUGAAUUUAGAUUCGUGUUACGUAAGGACUUCCAGCAGUGUUUAUCCAUCAUUCCAAGACAAGAUCGGAAAACUAUUUACGGUGAAACAUUUAAUCGAAAAAUUUGCAAAAAUGUGGGUUAUUUGUAUAGAUUCGUAGCUGUUCCAAUGCAUAGUACUGUAACGUCCAAAGUUUGUCACGUUGCCACGAUACUAAGCCGAAAACAAUUUGUUUCUAAACCGCGGUCAAGUUUUUUCCCAGUAUUUUAUUACACAACACAUUGUACUCAAACUUCCGUUUCUAUGGCUUUGGUAAGGUUUAAAGGACACGACGACCAUUACAACGGCGUAACUGUCGAUUCAAAUGAAGAAUCUUGCACCCCUGAUGUGUUUGCUAAACGUCUUACAGUUUCUUUACAAGAGUGGAUAAAAGACAAGAAACGCACAAUAUGGUUUCAUGUUUAUUUACCACAUACUGAAUGGGUACCGAUACUUGUAAAGGAAGGAUUUAAAUUCCACCAUGCACGAGAAGAAUACGUUACACUGUAUCGGUGGUUAGUUACUGAUGAAGAAUGCAAUGUACCACAUUAUGCACAUACAAAUUUAGGUGUUGGAGCAUUUGUAUAUAAUGAGAAAACUAACGAGCUUUUAGUUAUUAAAGAAAAAUAUACAAAGAAAGUACCAUUCUGGAAAUUGCCAGGUGGUUAUGUAGAACCAGGCGAAGAUUUAGAGGUAGCUGUGAAAAGAGAGGUUUUAGAGGAAACUGGUAUUCAAACUACUUUUAAAUGUUUAAUAGGUUUCAGACACGCCCAUGAUUUUGUAUUUGGUUGUUCUGAUAUAUAUAUAGUUUUCUAUUUGUCUCCUACUAAUUUUGACAUUAAAAAAUGUAAUAGAGAAAUUUCUGAAUGUAAAUGGAUGAAGUUCAAUGAUUACAUGGAACAUUCAGAAGUACAUGGAAAUAAUAAAUUAAUUGCAAAAAAAAUGAUGGAGUUCUGCAAGCACAGAAUGGGACUUACUGUAGAGUACGCAGUUCAUCCUAUUUUGAAAAAGCCUAUAUCUGUAUAUAGUAUAUCAAAAAUUGAUAAAGAACAAUCGUGUUCAUUAACAAAAUAAUCAGAUCAUAUAUUCAGACUUAAAUUGAAAUACAACAAGUUCUUGCAUUACACACUCUUAAAGUUAUUUAACUUUAAUUAAACUAAUGUUGCCAGCUUUGGAAUAAAUUAACUACAUACGUGAAUAACUUAUUGUAUAUAUAUUUAUAACUUGUAUGAAGUAUAAGGCAAUACAAAAUUGUAUUUAUUUUAGAAAAUAAAUAAAUAGAGCUAAAAUAGGCGUUUU